UGCAGGUUUGUGCCUCCGCACCUUCUCUGCAACAUUUUACGAGUGCGAGUCAAAAAGAAACUAAAGGAUCGAGGGCGAUGUAAUUCGCGCUUUGUUUCAAAGCUGUCAAAGCGUUGAGUUGGCAGGCGCCAUCUGGUGGCACGAGCUGUAGCUGGCGUACAUCCGGGACUGUCCGGGACCUUCCUUUCUGAUCGCCAUUUUGUUUGAUAUUUCGUCUCUAAAGAAUUACUGGAUUGUUCGUCGUGCGUUUAUGUAGUCCCUUGAGAGUACGGUAACCAAGUUCAUCUCGCAUCAUGGAGAUUCAAGACGUCCGCAGCCUUAAUGAUAGCGGCGUACUGGCUGACUCCUCGACACUCCUAGCGGAAGCCUCAUCGGGGGAAACCACAGUAACAACUUUGCCACUAGUCAACCUAAGCAUUCCCUUCUUGAGUGGCACGUCAGGUAUCAUGAUUGGCACCACGACCGACGGUUCUGGAACUUUUGUGCUGGAUGCUUCCCAGCUGUCGCUCCUGAGCUCAAGUGGUGUCUUUGCGGACGGUGUUCUCCAGCUGUCAGUCCAGAAUGCUGAGGGCUCUGAGCAGGUGGUGGUACUUCAGCCCCAAGAAGUUACCAGCCUAGGAAGUACCCCAGUAGCCCCUCUUUCGGAGCUGAGUACCAAUGUACUGGCAGUGACCCAAGCCGGCAGCCAGACCAAUCCAGAGCUAGUAACAGCCAGGAAACCAACUAAGCCUGCAAGUAGAGCAGAGCCAGAAAUUGGACCUCCUGUUGGAAAGGGCCCUUUCAAGUGCACCAUUUGCAACGCCGAGUUUCCAAAAUGGUCUCAGCUGCAGCGUCACCAGCGCAACCAUGCAGAAGACAAGCCUCACCGGUGUGCUCGCUGCGAUGCUUCCUUUAACCACGAGCUAAACCUGCGGUUGCAUGCGGCCACCCAUCUGUGCCCGGGCGAACCCGUGCUGUGCCCCGAGUGUGGCAAGCGAUUCGCACGUCUGGCUAGCCUCAAGGCACACAUGAUGCUGCAUGAAAAAGAAGAGAACCUCAUCUGUGCUGAUUGUGGAGAUGAGUUCAGCACUCAGGCACGCCUAGAUCAGCACGCUCAGGGGCACAAGAACGAGCUUUCCCGGGUCAAGUUCUACUUCUGUCGGCAGUGCCCGCAGAAGUUUACCAAGCAGCCUCUGCUUAGGGAGCACAUGAAGAUUCACUACAAAAUUAAGGCGUCUUUGUCUCAUCGCACCUACAAGCGAAAUAUUGACCGGUCAGCUUUCCCUCACAAGUGCUCCACUUGCAAGAAGCAGUUCCAGAAACCCAGUCAGCUUGUAAGACACAAUCGAAUCCAUACUGGAGAGCGCCCCUUUGAGUGCAGCCUGUGCCACAAGACAUUCAACCAGAAGGGGGCUCUGCAGAUUCACAUGAGCAAGCACAGCGGGGUCCGUCCAUACCGGUGCGAGUUCUGCUCUGCGGCCUUUUCGCAGCGCGGCAACCUGCGAGCCCAUAUCCAGAGGGUGCAUUCAGCUCCACCGCCUGACCGGAACACUCCCACGUUCAGGUGCCAGGAAUGCACGUGCACAUUCCGCAGGCUAGGUAGUCUCAAUGCCCACAUGAGCAGGGUGCAUUCUGGGCAGAUGAGCCUGUCUGAUGGCCUGUCGAAAAAGGAUGCUCUCGAGUCCCUCUCGAAGAGCCUCCACCAGCAGACGGCGGUUGUUGUGGAAGCCCACCGCAUUCCGAUGGACGAGGAGGACGUCAAGCGCACUAACGCGGACUUGCUUCAGCAAGUGCUGGUGAACAGCGGGCUGACGCACAGCCCAAAUGGAGGGGCGGCCAAGGAGGCGUCGUCCGGGGAUGCUGCCCUCGCACAGGGCCUGGAGGGUCCCACCUCAGACCAUGGGGCCUCAGGGGUCUCGGGGGAUGGAGCACAGGCCCAGAAGUCCCCCAGCAACGAGUCUGCCAUGGUUAUGUCGGUGGCGGACACUGCCACGGGCAUGAUCAAGAUGCACAUCUACCGGAUGGUGGGCAACGUGCGCUGGCAUCAGUGCAUGUACUGCACGAAGGAGUUCAAGAAGCCGAGCGACCUGGUGCGCCACAUCCGCAUCCACACCCAGGAGAAACCGUACAAAUGCAGCCACUGCUUCCGAGCCUUUGCAGUCAAGAGCACCCUGACCAACCACGUGCGAGCCACCCACCUUGGGAUGAAGCUGUCGCAGUGCCCCACCUGCCAACACAUGUUCUCCACGAGGGGUGCACUCAAGGUCCACAUGCGAAUCCACACUGGUGACAAACCAUACUCGUGCGGCAUCUGUAAUCGAAGCUUCAGCUCGUCGGGCCGCUGCAAGAUGCAUGUGGCAUCGCACUGUUGUCUGAGCGAGGGAGGCGGCUCAGAAGUGUCCAAGGAGCCCUCAAGUGGCGGCGGUGGGGUGCUGACCGAAGACCUUUCGUCCCUGAUCCCAAUCCAGGAGCCCAUCUUCAUUUCAGCGGGCGAGUGUCCACCCGCAGAGAACAAGAGAGCCUCGCUGCUGCAAGAGCGUCCUUACAAGUGCAACAUCUGUCCCCUGGGCUUCAAAAAGUCGAGCCACCUGAAGCAGCACAUUCGGUCCCACACGGGCGAAAAGCCCUUCCGUUGCUCCGAGUGUGAGCGAAGCUUUGUUUCCAACGGGGUCCUCAAAGCUCACAUCAAAACCCACUCAGGCGUUCGAGAGUACAAGUGCACGGUUUGUGGGGCCACCUUUACCACCAAUGGAUCCCUGAAGCGUCACAUGUGCACUCACACAAGCGCAAGGCCCUUUAUGUGCCCAUACUGCCAGAAGACCUUUAAGACUUCAGUUAGCUGCAAGAAGCACAUGAAAAUUCACCGUGGAGAACUGGGCUCUGCGCAGAUGUUGCAGCGUAGCAGCAACCAGCCUCGAGCCCAGGGCUCUGAAGACACGGUUCCUGGCAUGGUUCUAACGGACUCGCUGGUCGACGCCUUGGUGCCCGUGAACCCCGACGAAGUCAUGGGCCAGAAUCACAGUGCUCCUCCAGCAGAAGAUGAAGCCGUGGAUGACAUCCAUGAGGACCUCGUGACGCAGGAGGUGCUUGUACAGGAGAACCUGCAGCAGUUUCAGGGAAGCUUCUUCGAAAGUGGAAGUGACCAAGUGGACCUGAGCCAGGCAAACCAAGUGUUCUCCCAGAAUGGCUUCUUCUCGCAGACGCUGCCACACUUGACAUUGCAGACGGAUGCACUGGAUGUUGGUUCCUUGGCACGGGCCUUUGUCACUACAACGCUGAGCAGUGGGGAGAACAUUGCCGCAGAACUACCCAACACUAGCUCCGAAGCUGAGGCUGCCGCCGAAGCCCCAACUCAGAGUGAAGAUGGAGCUGUGGCCGGAUCCCAAGAGUCAGCUUUACAGCAAGUGGCACAGGACGCCCUCCAUGGCACAGACGAUCCAGGGGACGAGAACAAGCCUUUCUUGUGCAACCUGUGUGACAAGCGGUUUAAGCGUUCGACGUACCUCAAGUCGCACAUGCGGUGCCACUCUGUGCGGCCCGGCGGGGCUCAGCGGAGCCAGCGGACGCAGCGGGAGCAUGCGUGCCAGGAGUGUGGGUCCUCCUUCACCACAGCCUUCUCCCUCAAGCGGCACAGCCUGAGCCACUCGGCGGACAAGGCCACCAGCCGGAGCUUUAUGUGCGACGUCUGCUUUGGCGUGCUUCCCACGGCCCUGCAGUUGCGCCGGCACAUUGCACAGCAACAUCCAUCGGAAAAGGAAGUAGUUGCGGAGGAGGAUGAGGAGGUCGACAAUCCGGACGAUAACACUUCAGCAGCAUCCAAGCUCAGCAAGCAGCUCGUAGCAGAGAAAGCAAGUACGCCGGCUAGACCACAAAGACAGUUUGUCAAGUUCACAGAAGAACAGUCCCGUGAGCUGGCCCAGAAGGAUCCCAGGGAGAUAACACUCUCUGCGUCCGAGAAGGCCCUCAUCGCAACAGCCCUCGAGAAAGACCGACAGGAGGCGCAGGAUUGGGAGCCACUCCAGGUGGCAGACUACCCGAACCGGUGUGACCUGUGCCCCAAGAGCUUCCGGAAGCCGAGCGACCUGGCGCGACAUGUGCGCAUCCACACGGGCGAGCGCCCCUUUGCCUGCGAAGUGUGCCACAAGAGCUUCACGGUCAAGUCCACCCUGGAUACGCACAGGCGCACGCACCGUGGCGAGAGGAACUACCCGUGCCACAUUUGUUCUUCCUUCUUCUCCACCAUGGGCAGCCUCAAAGUACACAUGCGCCUGCACACGGGCUCACGACCCUUCAAGUGCCCACACUGUGAUCAGCGGUUCCGAACAUCCGGCCAUCGCAAGAGUCAUAUUUUGACCCACUUCAAGAGCGGAGGUAUGCGCCGGCGAAGCCGCCCUGCCCCAGCGGAAGAAGCUGCUCAGCCACUGACCCUUGUCAACGAAGGCGAUGUAGCUGUUGACGGGCUGAACCAAGGUGUGAUGCAAGAGAUCCAGCUCCAGUUGGCUCCGGGUAUCCAGAUCACUGGCCUGAACCCUUCGACCCAGACAGUCCAGAUCGACGCUGCCCUCCUGCAGCACCUGCAGCAGCUACAGCAGCAGGGGAACGUCAACAUUUCCAUCACUCCAUCAGCGGACCUCGGGGGUACGGAACAGCACCUGGACACAACGUCGUUUUUGAUCCAGCAAGAUGGCUCCGGAAACUCGGUUGUCUUGGACCAGACGCUCGCACUGCCAGUGGUCACGUCGGAGGGCAGUGACGGAGGAGUGACAUUCACAGUCAUCGAAGAGGAAGAGGAAGCUCAAGAUGCAGCAGUGGUGGAAGCAGACGUCGUCUCUGGAGACAUAAUUGCCGAAGGUGUAAUUGAGGGAGUGACGGGCGACGUGGCAGAAGAACAGCCUGCCAGAGAAGAGGUGCCGGCCGGCAUUGCGUUGGAGGAAUUCACCACGGUCGCGGAGGGCACCGUAGGCAUUGGCGAGGAGAACAUUGUGGAGACUGAGCUCAUGACACUCAGCGAAGUUACCGAGGAAACUAGGCAAGUCAAGAGGAGGAGAGUCAAUGAAGUCGGUGGUGCAACAAGACUUCACACCUGCGAAACAUGUGGGAAGGCUUACAAAAGAGCGAGCCACCUGAAAGAGCACCUCGAGUCACACAAGAAUAAGGAGGGUAGAGUGAAAAAGGCCCCGUACAGUUGCUUGACCUGCCCCAAGGCAUUUGCCAAACCUAGCCAACUGAAGAGGCACAUGCGUAUUCAUACUGGGGAACGGCCUUUCCAGUGCAAACUUUGUGACAAGUCGUUCAAUCAAAACAAUGCUCUUCUGGUUCAUCUCAUCAAGCACACGGGAGAGAAACCAUUCAGAUGUGACAUCUGUGGCAGCCAGUUCACCCAGAAGUGUAACCUUAUGGUGCAUGUCAAGAGGGUGCACAUAAAGAAGGUGCAGAGCAAGCAAGAUGUGUCCCCAGAAGAGGCUCACAGCCAGCAAGACGUAACCCCAGAAGAGGUUGAAACUUUAUUGCCCGUUUAGCUUGAUCUUCAUGUUGGCACAAAUGUAACAAGCUGUGUAAUAUAUUGAAGAAAGAGUAAGUAAACAGGGGAGCUGGUUGA